AAUUUUAGAACUAGGCUAAAGAAAAAAAAAAAAAGAAGCCACCGCUAAAAGGAAAGAAAUUCGAGUAAGCACAAUGCCAUUCUAUUUUGUCAGCCUCUUUUUUUCCCGCCCAUUUCAAUUUUCUUUCCAACCUAUCCAGUGUUUCUGAUUUAACCCUCAAAAAACCCGAUCUUUGUCCAGAUUCUCUGCAAUGCUAUUCACAUUAUAAUCCGUAGUCUCUUAAUCACCGAAACAAAUAAGAAAAAAAAGAUGAGCUCUCCAAUGGAUAUUUCCGUUCCAAACCUCGAGGGCGUCAAGAUCUCCGACCAAAACGGCGUCCCUUUAGCAUCAUCCCCGGCAUCGCCUUCUAACGGGCCUCAUGAAAAAUUUCACGUUUCUGUUGAAGUUUGCUUAAAACCUUCAAGCACAGCUCGCCCUGACGAUGUCCGAAAAGCCGUUGAACAAAUGCUUGAAAAGAGAAGCCUGAGCUACGUUGAUGGUCCCAUUCCUGUGCCUAAUGAUGAUCCAUUUCUCAUGGAAAAUGUACACAGAAUCCGUAUAUGUGAUACAGAUGAAUGGGUGAAAAACCAUGAUAUUCUUUUGUUCUGGCAAGUGAAACCCAUUGUUCAUGUCUUUCAGCUUAGUGAGGAGGGACCAUGUGAGGAAUUGACUGGGGAUGGCCAGUUGUCCAGCUUCAAUGAAUGGAUCCUACCAGCUAAGGAAUUUGACGGCAUGUGGGAGAGCUUAAUAUAUGAAUCUGGCCUAAAGCAGCGGUUAUUGCGUUAUGCAGCCAGUGCAUUGCUUUUUACUGAAAAAGGUGUUGAUCCUUUCCUUGUGUCAUGGAACCGCAUUAUUCUUUUACAUGGUCCCCCAGGGACCGGAAAGACAUCUCUAUGUAAAGCGCUGGCACAAAAGCUAUCCAUUAGAUUCAGCUCCAGAUAUCCACAAUGCCAAUUGAUUGAAGUUAAUGCACAUUCUUUGUUUAGUAAAUGGUUCUCUGAGAGUGGCAAAUUGGUUGCAAAGCUUUUCCAAAAAAUUCAAGAAAUGAUAGAAGAAGAAAACAAUCUAGUAUUUGUUCUAAUUGAUGAAGUUGAAAGUCUUGCUGCUGCUAGAAAGGCUGCUUUGUCUGGUUCUGAGCCUUCAGAUUCCAUUCGGGUUGUAAACGCGCUAUUGACUCAGAUGGAUAAGCUGAAAUCAUCUCCCAAUGUUAUAAUUUUGACCACAUCCAAUAUAACUGCUGCUAUUGAUAUCGCUUUUGUUGACCGAGCUGAUAUCAAAGCAUAUGUGGGCCCUCCAACUCUUCAAGCUCGUUAUGAAAUUUUAAGAUCCUGCUUGCAGGAACUUAUUCGGAAAGGAAUAAUAUCAAAUAUCCAGGGUUCAAGCCAAUACAUCCUUUCAGACUAUGUUACUUUGAAAGAGAAAUUGAAAAUGCAUGAGAUUCAUGAAGUUCAAACAACAUUUCAUCUGUGUAAGCAAUUAGCAGAGGCUGCUGAAGCAUGUGAGGGAUUGAGUGGAAGAACAUUAAGAAAACUACCAUUUUUGGCGCAUGCAGCACUUGACAACCCGUAUUGUUGUGACCCUAACAAGUUGUUGAACACAAUGAUUGACACAGCCCGGAGGGAGCAUUCUGAACUGCCCGACUGAAGUAAUGGAGUUUUGUUCUGGUGUAAAAUGGAUGGUUCUUAUGCUGAAAAUGUUAAAUCUUUAGAGAUACCCACUGCCAUUGAUGCCUUGUCUAUCUUGACUUUAAAUCCUCGCGUGUAAUGAGAUUACAGGUUAUGGGAUAGAGUCGUACACAAGAUGCAGAUGGACUAAAGCUAACAAUUAAA